AUAACCUAGACUUGCGGACCUUACAACGUGUAUUUAUAAGCAUUAAUCCUUGUUGUAAACAGGCCCCCGGAGCCCCACGACCCCCGUAGUCCCCAGCUAGGCUCCCCACGACAACUCCAUUAAUAGCUGAGUCGCUAAUACACGUGGCGUAUCGACUUGUGGGUGGAUGAUGUUCGUGUUGACGCAGAUGAUGUGAUAGAGCUGAAUCUCGGUGGGAAGUCCGUCGUGGACUGAACCACCGACAAACGCUGAUCCUAUGUGCCUCAGGUAAGUAGAAGAAGGAUACAUAUCGAAUAACAACAAAAGAAACAUACUUCUGCGACUUUCUUUCUCUCACAUUCAUCUUUUUGUCACUCAAUCAUUACGAAUAUGCUAGUCGCAGCCCCAACGCCGGUCGAAGCUCGCGCUAACGAGAUCAUCACAACUCUCUUCACAUUUAUUGAAGAUCAGGAAAAGACCGAAUACCUAGGCGAAAGAGUGUCACAGCUGCAGCAUUCGCUUCAAGCCGCACAUCUGGCCCGCCAGUCCGAUGCUGAUAAUGAAACAAUUCUCGGAGCAUUACUACACGACGUCGGGCGAUUUAUCCCCACCCUUCACUCCCAGAUGCCAAAAAUGAUCGCCCCAGAUGGUGAAUAUGUGGGGCGCGCAAGCCAUGAAAUUUUUGGAGAGAGAUAUCUAAGGCAAUUGGGUUUCAGUGAUAAGAUUUGCCAGUUGGUAGGCGCUCAUGUGAUGGCUAAGAGAUAUCUCACUGCUGUCAGAGAGGGGUAUUAUGAGAGCCUUAGUGAGACGAGUAAAAAGACUCUUAAGUUCCAGGGUGGAAUUUUCAACGACGCACAAGUUGCUGAAGCACGGAAAGAUUCUCUGUUAGAAGAGAAAUUGGCUGUGCGAGUUUGGGACGACCUGGCGAAAGAUCCAGAUAUGAUUGUCGAGCCUAUCUCAUUUUAUAAGGACAUGGCUGUGCAGUCAUUAAUCAAUAGUCUACAAAGCCCCGUCGCAUAGGGUUGUAUAGUCAAAAAAUUUAAAUCAAU